AUGCUUUCCAGAGUAAGAGUUCUUCCAGCAGCCCCCCAAACUCCUUUCAGUCCACCGCCUUGGAUGCUUCCAGAAAGAGUCUUCCACAGCCCCCAACUGCCCUUCAGUCCACCAUCCUUGAUGCUUCCAGAAAGACUUCCAGCAGCCCCCAACUCCUUCAGCCCCCCACCAGCUGGAUGUUCCAGAACCAGAAGUACUUCCAGCAAGCCCCCCAACGCUUCAGUCCACCAUCUUGAUGCUUUCCAGAGCAGAGUACUUCCAGCAGCCAACCUGCCUUCAGCCACCAGUCUUGGAUGUUUCCAGAACAGAGUUACUUCCAGCAGCCCCCAACUGCCUUCAGUCACCACGGUCUUAAAUGCUUCCAAAGCCCCCCAAGAGUACCUUUCCAGCAGAACUCUUACCAACCCCCCCUGCCUUCAGUCCCCAUCUUGGAUGUUCCAAACAGAGUACUUCCACAGCCCCCCACUGCCUUCAGUCCACAGUCUUGGAUGCUUCCAGAAUAGAGUACUUCCCAGCAGCCCCCCAACUGCUUCAGUCCACAGCCAUUGGAUGCCAGAACAGAGUACUUCCAGCAGCCCCCAAACUGCCUUCAGUCCACCAUCCUUCCACAGCCUGGAUGUUCCAGAGCAGAGUACUUCACAGCCCCCCACUGCCUUGAGUCACAUCAGUCCUGAGCUUCCAGAAGUAGAGUACUUCCAGCAGCCCCCAAACUGCUUCCAGUCCAACCAGUCUUGGAUGUUUCCAGAACAGAGUACUUCACCAGCCCCCCAAACUGCCUCAGUCCACAGUCUGGAUUACUUCCAGAAGCAAUGUAGUACUUCCAGCAGCCCCCCAACUGCCUUCAGUACACAGCUUGGAUGCUUCAGAAUACAGUACUUCCAGCAGCCCCCUACUGCUCAGUCACAGCCUUGGAUUCUUCCAGAGCAGAGUACUUCCAGCAGCCCCAACUCGCCUUCAGUCACAGCCUUGGAGCUUCCGAGCAGAGUACUGCCAGAGCCCCCAACUGCCCAGUCCACCAGUCAUGGAUGCUCCAGAAUAGAGUACUUCCAGCACCCCCAAACUGCCUCAGUCCACCCAGCCUUGAUGCCUUCCAGAGAGAUCCACCAAGCCUUGGACGCUUCCAGAGUUAGAUUACCUUUCCAGCAAGCCCCCAACUGCCUUCAGUCCACCAGCUUGGUGCUUUCCAGAGAGAGUACUUCCAGCCCCCAAAGGCACAAAACUGCCUUCAGUCCACAGUUUGAUGCUUCCAGAAUAAAUUACCUUCCAGCCAGGCCCCAACUGGCCUUAGCCACCAGCCUUGGAUGCUUCCAGAAUACAGGUCCAACCAGCCUUGAAAUGCUUCAGAUAGAGUACUUCCAGCAAGACCCCCAACUGCCUUCCAGUCCACCAGCCUCGGAGCUUCCAGGAAUAGAGUAUUCCAGCAGCCCCCAACUUGCCUUCAGGUACACCAGCCUUGGAUGCUCCAGAAUAAAGUACUUCCGCAGCCCCAAUGCCCCUUCAAGGUCCACCAGCCUGGAUGCCUUCCAGAGUAGAGUACCUUCCAGCCAGCCCCCAACUGCUUCAGGCCACCAUCCUGGCUGCUCCAGAAUAGCGUACUUCCAGCAGCCCCCAACUGCCUUCAGUCCACCAGCCUGGGAUGCUUCCAGAGUAAAAGUACUUUCCAGCAGCCCCGCCAACUGCCUUCAGUCCACCAGCCGUUGGAUGCUUCCAGAAAUAGAGUACUUCCAGCAAGUCUCCCUAACUGCAUUCAGUCCACCAGCCACUUAG